AUGUCGACUAUCUCAGGCUCUCGUAGACUCGGACGUGUUCCGAGCUGGGGACGCGUUGAUGACGAUGCUGGCUAUCUUACGUUUGACUGUACGCCAAGAACAUUCGACAUCCUCGUAUCAGGCUUCGCAUCCUCCAUCCAACGAUCCCCCGGCCGCGAACGCAUCUUUGGUAUUCCACGAUCAGGACCACUCGAUACCCUCGCAUCCCAACUCGCCAACCUACUCGUCGGCAACGAUCUCAACACCGAUAUUAUCAAGAUCGCGCUCAAAGGACCAAAGAUAUACUUCCAUGUCGAUUGUGUAGUCGCGAUUACCGACACUGUUUUCAACGCUGCUGUAGGGAAGAGAGACGUUGCAGCUGGGAAUGAUGGAUGA